AUGUCGCAAUGCCGUUAUCGUUUCGCUGAAGGACAAAAUGUGGUCAAUGACUUUGGUGGGUUCAUAGCGUGGUUCCAACUUCCAAGUGGCUUUUACGAACUCAAAGGCCAACUUGCAUGGGAUUUCGAAUUCAUCUUGGCACCCUCUGGGGAUACGAAUGAGGCUAUCAUCUUGACCAAUCAAACAAGCAUCUCUGGUCAACUCAAGGCGUUGUCAGAUGAAGUGGCACAGAUGGAAACCGACAAGAUUGCUGAUAUCGAAAGGAUCGGUUAUGUUCGCACUGACAUUGUUGGCAUCUCCAAAGAUUCUCCUCCCGAAGAUUAUAUUGUUUCUGGUGAGAAUGAAGACGCCAGCAUGGAAGAUGGCGGAGGUGACGAGACCAGUGGUGGCACCGUCGGAAGCGAAGAAAGUGGUGACUAG